GUGAACAUGUCUACACAAAGGAAGAUAAAUACAACGCGGCGUAAGGAUGUUUGCGCUUACAAGGACUGCAACAACAGCCGGCAGCUAGGACAUGUUUUGUAUGCAUUUCCAAAAAUAGAAAGUCCUCUUUGUGAAGAAUGGAUUUCAAAAACCGGUAAUCACAGUUUAAAAUAUCACUCCAGUAGUUAUAUAAGAAGAAUGGGCGUAUGUGGUGAACAUUUGUCGCCCGAAAUGUUUAAAACAAACCCCACACUUAACAUAAAUAGAAGGAAAAUGUUGAGGAAGAAUUCCGUACCUGAGCCAUCCAAGAAUAUAUUAGGAAUUGAAGAAGCAAACAAAAGACAAAAGGUAACGAGACGAGAAGAGGAAUAUAAUGAAAACAGGAUGGAGUCAUUUAGUGAAAUUGCAAACAAUGAAAAUAAUAAUAACAGCAAACAAACUAAGGAAAAGGAGGGCGAGGAGGAGGAGCCAAAUAACCCCGGUGAAUAUACUAUACGUAACACAAUUUUGAGAAAACAAUACCAGGGAAAUACAGUAGGACGCAACACAGUGGAAUAG